AUGGCCAGAUACCGUGCAGGCACCCGGCUGUGGCAGUCAAUCACUCGCAAUCCGUGUCUCCGAUGCCGUUACUCGUCGAAACCCCAAACCACCGACAUUAAAUCGAUCCUGGCUGAACCAAGCUGGUCUGUCCGGUCUCUACUUCCAAAUAAGACAGCAGACCUAUCUACAGCUUCUGUCACUCCGCAAAAAUUGCGCCAUCUUCUGCGCCUAUCAGCCCUACCUCAACCAUCCACACCAGGAGAAGAGCAGUCCAUGCUACGGACUCUCGAGUCACAAAUCCACUUCGUGCAGGAAAUGCAGCGAGUCGAUACCACGGGAGUCGAGCCGUUGCGCAGUGUCCGGGAUGAGAGCGCUGCUGCAGUGAAGGAGACGACGAUUGGGCUUGACCGGCUCAAAGAUGCUUUUGCUAAAGAGCGCGUGAGUGGGCGACGGCGAAGAGUUCAGCGUGUGUCAAGCGCAAGGAAUGGUCACCCCGAAGAGGCCAUUUGGAAAGGAAAUGCCCUUGACUCUGCGUCUAAGAAGAAAGGGCCUUAUUUUGUUGUUGAGACGGGCAGUAGCCAGUCUUCUUAA